CUGGUAGUUUGAUCAUUCCUUUUUUGCCAUGAACUUACAAAAACACCCAUUAGAACACGACUGAUGACCUUUUCAGCCUUUAUAAAUAGUUAUGUGAGGCGAGAGCGUCUGCAUGAAUACCGACCUUAGUGGCGUUACUAGAGGCUUCGAAAAUGACUUGCUGAAUACGGAUCGAGCCACCAGAAAACCAACCAACGAAAGGGCUUACAAAUGGCUGUGUUGGGCUGUGGAAGUGGCCUUAAGUAAUUAUUCCGUGAGCGUAGUGAUGCAACACGGGAAUUUGUGUUGUGUGUUGCGUCGCCAUGCCAACGCUCACAUGGCAUACAGUCAGCGGCAUUGACCCUCUUCAGCUCCACUCUUCCUCCUCGCCACUCGUUCUUGUUCCUGUGUUGGAUGAAUAAGUGCAGGGAGAUAAUGUUUGUAACCAUGACUCAAGAGGAGGAGGAAUAAGCUGAGGCAGAAUUCACACUGGUCUAGUAAUUUUCCCCAAGAUGGAGGCCCCAGAUGUACGGAAGAACUUCAUCUUGGCAACUACUGCCAACUACUUUGGGGUGACCCUGGAGGACCCUGGCAUUCAGGGGCUCCAUGCCGACCCCAGCCUCAACACCUUCCUGGACUCAGGGAACUGCCAGCUGCUGGGGGCCCACAUGGUGUCUGGGGAGGAGGGAAUAACACUCAGCACUAAGGUCGACUCCUCGCUCAAGAAGGAGAAGCUGCUGGUGUUUUUCAAGAUUAAACCAGACGUCAUCACAGGGGACAACCUUGCUGAUAUCUUUGUCUCCUCCAUGCUGGACUCGCCCGUCUCCUCUCUGUACCACUCCCUCCAGAAGCUCUAUGCACCCAUACUGCUCAAGGACUCAGAGUGGAGUGGAUCACUGGACCCCAAGCUUCAGGCGCUGGUCACAGAGCUCUCUGAUGGCCUGGGCAGUCUCCUCAGGAAGCAGAGUCCUGAGCAGUCUGGGGACUCUGGCUAUGUGUCCAAGAGGCUGGCAGGAAUCCUCUCUGUGAAGGAUGAGACUGAGUACUGGGCUGACACGGCCAACAACCCCAUGAGCCAGGAGGAAAAGGAGAUAGCUGGGGCCUUCUACAAUGUCCUGGAACCCAUGACUAAGGAGUUCAGCGGGUUGGAUGCUGUGGCCCUAGUGGAUGCCGAGGAGGUGCUGGAGAACACUCAGAACUCUCUGGAGGAACUGUGGCGUCUUGACUACCCUCAGGCACGCAUGGCCCACCUGCUGGAGGUCAUCGCCAACCAGCUGUCCCGCUACGUACAGGGAAAGUUGUCAUCAGAGGACCUUUGGGGUGGGCAAUACAACCAGAUUGAGAAAAACCUCACUGAAGGCAUCAAUGUAUGUGAACACUGGGUGGAGAUUUGCCACAACCUCACCUCUAUGUUCUGGAAGAGUGGAGCAGAUCAGAUGUGGGAGGGGAAGCCCUUUGUUCCUGACUACUGCAAGAAUGUGUCCAAGCGCCUGUCUGAAAUCCUGAGUCUUAGAACGCUUCACAAGCAGCUCACCAGGCUGUUGUCCCUCAGCGAGCAGGAGGACCUCAAGACAGCCGAUGCCUUCAAGCCAUUCACAGGACUCAAGCCAGUGCAGUACAACCCAUACACUGAACCCUUAUGGCAGGCAGCUAUGCGUCAGUUUGAAAGCUUCCUCAAGCCAGCAGAGCAGCGCAUCGCCGGCAAGCUACGAGCACAGCUAAGGAACAUGAACUCCAGUGCCUACCAGCUGAUGCAGGAAUUCAAGCGCUACAAGGAACUCAUCAAGAGGGACAGCAUCCAGACAGAGCUUGUGGCCGAGAGGGAGAUGCUGCUGAGCGAACUUAACAGCUACAUCAGGACGCUGCGCUCAGACUUCAGCAACACCUCAGUCAAUGGUCCUAGACGCCUGGCCAAUGUUCCAGAGGUGGUGAGCAACAUCUACUGGGUGAAGCCCAUCCAUGCCAAGGUCCAGGACAUUGGCAAGACAGCUGAUGCUCUGUUGACUGACUUGAAUGGUUAUGAGGAGCUGAAGAAAAAUAUUAAGGAGUUCUGUGAAGAGCUUGAAGAAUACCACACAGACCAGUUUGACUCCUGGUCCAGAGAAAUGCUGCAUAUGAUUGACAAUGAAGAGUUAAGCCUGGCCACAGACUCCCCGGUGCUGUCAUUCAGUAGAGGGCGGCUGCUGCGCGUCAACUACAAUCCUCGGCUUGUGGGCCUGGCACGGGAGGUGAGUCAGCUGUCCAUCCUGGGCCACAACAUACACCCAAAGAUCGUCAAGAUGGCCCAACUGGCACACAAGUUUAUGAAGCAAGCCAAGGCCCUGGAAGAGAUUGCCAACUUCCACAACACCAUCGGGGACCAGAUGAUACCUUCGCAGCGGCCCAUGAUGCUGGAGGCAGCGCUGGCUCUCUCUGGCCUGGUGCAGGAGCAGACCACCAUCACCUGGUCUAACACGCAGCAGCUUGAUACAUAUAUUGCUAAGCUGAAGGCCGCCACACAUAGGCUUGCCCGGGAGAACAAGCAACUCGCCCAGUGUCACCUCAUGAUCAAAGAGAGGGUGCUGACACUGAUGAACACAGACCUGCUAAAACACCAGAGUAGGUGGAAGGAGCUUCUGAAGGAGAUGCGAUCAAUCAUGCAUCAACUGGAGGAGAAGGGAUUUGCUGACCAGAAGUCUUGGUGCUCCCACUGGGACCGGCAGCUGUACAAGGCUUUGGAGCACCAGUAUCAGCUGGGCAUAGAAGCACUUAACCAAAACCUGUCUGAGUUCAGGGUGGAGCUCACAUACAGGCAGCAGCGGUUGCAGUUCCUUCCCCCAAUGGAGGAGAUUCGCAUGAAGUACUACGGCCAGCUGAAGAGGUUCCUCGCCAUCCCUCACCACUUCAAGGGUGUGAAUGAGGUAAAUGAACACCCAGUAUUCCCCGCCAUUGUGGACCGCAAUGCCCACCGCUUUGGCCAGCUGUUCCAGAGGGCUGAAGAACUCUUCCAACGGCUAGAAAACAUAAAGGACCGCUUCCAUGACCUGUGUGCCAUUGGCGGCAGCGACAUGGAACAGCUGGUGGAGCAACACUGCAAGACGGCUGAGGACUGGGACAGAAACUUCCGAGCCUCUAAGGCGAAGGGUCAGGAGAUAGGGCGGCUGCCGAGUCAGGAGAAGAUUGACUGCUUCACCAUCAGCUUCCAGCCCCUGAGAGUAGAGCUGGAGAUCAUGAACCGCCGCUACUGGGACAUGCUGGUGCAGUCCCUUCACAACGCGAUCAUCAAGGACAUCAACACCAUCGAGAUGUUCACAGAAGAAGCUGUGGAAGUAUUAAAAAAACAGCCCCAGACAGUAGAGGAAAUCGCUAAUGCCAGCAGCAAACACAAUGAGUACAUGAAGCAGACUGAGCAGAUGGUGGAGAUGUUCGGUGAGGCAGAGCGCAAGAACAAGACGUUGGCCUCGUGGACCAAGGAGAGAGUGGAGCAGCUGUCCCGAGUCACCAUGCAAUGGGACAACUACAAGUCUCUGAUGGACAACCAUGAGCAGAUUGUGGCCAGGCAGAUGGAAGUGAUUAUGAGCAGCCUAGAGAGCCAGACAAAUAACUUCAACAGUGAGGUGGAGAAGUUUGGGAUGCGGUGGUACCAGCUGAGGCCAAAGGAAGACCAGCUGGAUGGUGACAUGGACAUUCAGGCCUCUGUCGCCUUCAUAACGGAGAAGCGUCAGGAGUGGGACCAACUGAUGGAGAUGCGGGACAAACUGAGGAAGGACUAUGAGCACUUCAACAUGGGAGAGCCAGUGUUCCCCGAGGUGGAUGAUAUUGAGGCUGAUCUCAAUAGCCAUGAACAGGUAUGGGGCCUCUUUGAAGAGUUCAAUACCAGCAUGCAACAGUUUGCUGAUGAGGAGUGGAUAGUCUUCAGGAGCAAGACUUUCAAGUUCGAAGAGUUCCUCAACCAGUGGGGGGAGAAGCUGAACAACUCUGGGGAGACAACGCCAGUCACUGUGCGUCUGAUCCAUGAGCUGGAGAAGUACCGGGGGAUGGUGCCGGUGCUGAAGUAUGUGCGUGGCGAGUCAUUCUCCGACAAACACUGGAUCGAGAUGUACAACCUGCUGGGCAUCCCAUCCUCCACCACCAUUGACAAGCUCACCUUCGGAAACUUCCUCCAGGUACGAGAGGAACUGGUGAAACAUGUUGAUGCCCUCAAGGAAAUGAACUCCAAGGCUGCUGGAGAGGUUGUCAUCCGACAAGCCCUUGGAGAGCUGGAUGUAUGGGAGGUGGAUGCUCGCUUCACCCUCGUCCCCCACACAGACUCCUCAGGAAACCAAGUCAUGCUCAUCAAGGAGUGGAAGGAUGUGAUUAAUAAGGUUGGGGACCACCAGAGUCUGCUGCAGUCACUCAAGGACUCCUCCUACUUUGCGGCGUUUGCUGACCGGGCAAGGGUGUGGGAGCAGCGGCUGGCAGACCUGGAUGAGUACCUCGGCAGCCUCAACCAGAUCCAGCGGAAGUGGGUGUACUUAGAACCAAUCUUUGGGCGAGGCGCACUGCCCAAGGAGCAGGGGCGCUUUAGAAGAGUGGAUGACGACUUCAAGGCCAUCAUGAUGGACGUGGCAAGAGACAACAAGGUGGUGUCCCUCUGUCGCAUCAACGGCUUUAGGAACACCCUCUCCACCCUCCUCGACCAGCUGGCUUGGUGUCAGAAGAGCCUCAAUGAAUACUUGGAGGAGAAGAGGUCAGCCUUCCCUCGGUUCUACUUUAUCGGAGAUGACGACCUGUUGGAGAUCCUUGGGCAGGCCACGAACCCAGAAGUGAUACAGUCACACCUCAAGAAGUUGUUUGGGGGCAUCCACUUUGUCAAGUUCAAUGAGGAGAACACUCACAUUGUAGCCAUGAAGAGCUUAGAAGGAGAAAUGGUUCCUCUGAAGAAUUCCAUUGAGAUCACCACAAAAGUUGAGGACUGGUUGGCCCUGCUGAGUGAGGAGAUGAAGGUCACCCUGCAGCAGAACCUCAACCAGUGCCUGGCAGAGGGCCGCUCAGAGUCAGGCAUGGACCCUCUCAACUCACCAUCACAGAUUCUGUGUCUGGCGGAUGCCAUCCUCUUCACCGAGCGUUGUGAGGAGUCCAUCAGAGAGGGAAGACUUACUAAUUUCAAGAAGGAGCUUGAGGCAAAGUUAGAGUCAUACACAAGUGUCGACCUCAGCUCAGAUGAGUCGAAAGAGAGCCAGACAGACAGCCACAUCUUGGAGCUCAAGCUGAAGGCCCUCAUCCUGGACACUAUACACAAUAUUGAUGUGGUCAGUUCACUUAUCCGGGUCAACACCACCUCACCCUCAGACUGGGAAUGGCAGAAGCAGCUAAGGUUUUAUGUGGGUGAGGACCAGCUGGCAUACAUGAAGAUGGUAGAUGCUCAAUUUGCCUACACCUAUGAAUACCAGGGCAAUGCCCCCAAGCUGGUGCACACCCCCCUCACUGACAAGUGUUACCUCACACUCACACAGGGUAUGUACAUGGGGCUGGGUGGCAACCCAUACGGACCAGCCGGCACCGGGAAGACCGAGUCCGUCAAGGCUCUUGGAGGGCUGUUCGGGCGGCAGGUGCUCGUGUUCAACUGUGACGAAGGCAUUGACGUCAAGUCCAUGGGGCGCAUCUUCGUGGGGCUGGUGAAGUGCGGUGCGUGGGGCUGCUUUGACGAGUUCAAUAGGCUGGAGGAGGCUGUGUUGUCUGCUGUGUCCAUGCAGAUCCAGACUAUCCAGGCUGCCCUCAAGUCCCAGGCUGCUACCACUACACUGUUGGAGAAAGAGGUGCCUGUUGACUUGAAUGCUGGAAUCUUCAUUACCUUGAACCCUGCUGGCAAGGGCUAUGGAGGCCGCCAGAAGCUGCCAGACAACCUGAAACAGCUGUUCCGUCCUGUUGCCAUGUCCCAGCCUGACAAUGAACUCAUCGCUGAAGUCAUCCUGUUCAGUGAGGGCUUCAAGGAUGCUAAGAGUCUGGGCCGGAAGCUUGUGGCAAUCUUCAGUAUGUCAAAGGAGUUGUUGACCCCACAGCAACACUAUGACUGGGGUCUGCGGGCCCUCAAGACUGUGCUGAAAGGCUCAGGCAACCUGCUGCAGGAACAUAGGAAGACAUUGACAAAGGAAGGAGGAGGAGGUGAAGUGGAACAAGGAGUAGAGGCUGAGCUGGUGGUGCAAGCCUUGCGCCUCAACACCCUCUCCAAGCUGACCUUUACAGAUAGCUCCAGAUUUGAUGAGCUGGUGAAGGAUGUGUUCCCAGAUAUAAAAUUCCGCGGUGUUGGCUACGAAAGCCUGGCACAGGUGCUAGAGGAGACCUUUGGGGAGCUGAGCCUCAUACCCAACGAGCGGCAGAUCAAAAAGUGCUUAGAACUCUACGAGCAACUGCAGCAGCGCAUGGGUGUGGUGGUGGUGGGUCCUUCAGGCUCGGGCAAGACUACACUCUGGCAGACACUCCGCAAGGCUCUCAUCAAGAUUGGGAGGACAGUUAAAAAGUACGUCAUGAACCCCAAGGCCAUGCCCCGCCAGCAGCUGCUCGGCCACAUUGAUCACGACACACGGGAGUGGUCGGACGGCGUGCUGACUGCCUCAGCCCGACAGGUGGUAAAGGAGCCACCUGAUAUCACUUCAUGGAUUAUCUGUGAUGGAGACAUUGAUCCAGAGUGGAUUGAGUCCCUUAACUCCGUUCUGGAUGACAACCGCCUUCUAACCAUGCCAUCUGGAGAGAGGAUACAAUUUGGCCCCAAUGUUAACUUCCUCUUUGAGACACAUGAUCUCUCCUCAGCCUCUCCCGCCACCAUCUCCCGCAUGGGCAUGAUCUUUCUCAGCGACGAGGACACCAACAUCCAAGCUGUCGUCAACUCAUGGCUGGCCUCUCAGAGUGAAGCAUCAAGGCAUAGCCUUGAGCCUUACAUCGAACAAUACUUUUUCAAGGCCCUUGAAUGGGUGCUGAAGGCUGGCGAGGCUCAGGUGGAGACAACCUUGGUUGGUUGGGUGCUCAAUGGCCUCUCACACCUCCAGGAUGUCACCAGCAAGGCACACUUUGCUCUGGCACUUGUAAGAGGACUUGGAGGCAACCUACCUGAGGACAUAAGAAUGGACUUUGCCAGGGAAGUGUAUUCAUGGGUUGGGGAACACCUGCCAGAUCAGCGCAAGCCCCUCAAUGUCUACUACGACCCCUCUCGAGACCGCUUGGAGCCCUACACAGCUGAGGCAAUGGAGGAAGCAGCAAAAGUAGAUCCUGCAGAAGUGUCUCUCAUACUCACAGCAGAUGCCAAGUGCUCCCUGGACUAUUUCUCACCUUGGCUGCAAAUGGAGACCCAGCAGCCCUUCAUCCUGGUGGGGCCUGAGGGCUGCGGCAAGAGCAUGCUGCUGCAGCACUGCUUCUCACAGCUGCGCAGCACCCAGGUGACCAUGAUCCACUGCAGUGCAUACACAGCUCCUCACCACAUCCUGCAGAAGCUCUCUCAGAUGUGCAUGGUGCUCUCCACCAACACAGGCAGAGUGUAUCGCCCCAAGGACUGUGAGCGGCUUAUAGUGUACCUCAAAGACCUUAACCUACCCAAGCCAGACAAAUGGGGGACAUGUCAGCUCAUCACCUUCCUCCAGCAGGUGGUGACAUACCAAGGCUUUUACGACCACAACCUGGAGUGGGUGGGGCUGGAGGGGGUACAGGUGGUGGCUUCAAUGACUGGCGGCUCAGCUCUUGGCCGCCACCAGCUCUCCACUCGCUUCACCUCUGUUGUCAGGAUUGCCUCCAUUGGGUAUCCUGAGCGUGAGCAGUUAGUGAGUGUGUACGGUUCCUUCCUGCAGUCCGUGCUGGGGACAGUGUGUGCUGACCACCCAGCAUGGGCCAACCCUGGCAAAGCCCAACAGCUGGCCAUCUCCAUGGUCAACAUCUAUCAUGAGGUGCGAGACACAUUCAGUGUGGAUGAUUACAGCCACUACCUGUUCACCCCCCGGGACCUGACAUACUGGGUCUUGGGCCUCCUGCGCUACCAAGUCCCUUCAGAGGAUGCCUCCCUCACCCCGCUGCUCCAGGUGUGGAUGUACGAGGCCUGCAGGCUGUUCCGGGACAAGCUGGUGGAGGAGGAGGACAUCCAGAAGUUUGAUGGUUUCCUCCUGUCCAGCAUCCAGUCAGACUGGGGAGUGGAUAUGAGAGACUUGCUCCUAAACACCUUCUAUGUCACUGCUGCCAUUGCCACUGUGACUCCAGGUGCCCCACUGCCACGCCACGGCCACCCGCUGGGCCUGAUGGAAGGAGAGGAUUGGCAGAAGGUGGUGGAGAAGGCAGUCACCCAGUACAGCAGGGAGAAGAAAGAGCUGGACCUUCUCAUCUUCACUGAGGUGCUGGAGUCUAUGGCAAGGGUGGACCGCAUCCUUACAUCUCCCGGGGGCUCAGUGCUUAUGGCUGGCAGGUCUGGUGUCGGCCGGCGCACAGCCAUCUCCGUGGUGGCCAACCUGCACGGCAUCAAGGUCGUCUCUCCUCCCAUGAGUCUUGGCUACAAUAUUAAGAACUUCAGGAAUGAUCUAAAGCAGGUGAUCCAGAGUGCCGGGGUGGAUGGAGAGCAGGUUGUCCUUCUUUUAGAGGACCACCAUCUGGUUUCUGAAGAAUUCCUUGAGACCAUCAACUCCCUUCUCAUGUCCGGUGAGGUGCCAGGCCUAUACACCCCUGAGGAGCUGGACCCCCUGCUGAUGCCCCUCAGGGAGCAGGCAGCCCACGAGGACUUCAGAGGCUCACAGUUCACCUAUUUUGCUUUGCGUGUGAUGAGAAACCUUCACAUUGCUCUCAUCAUGGACUCAAGCAACCAGGAAUUCUCAGUGCAGUGUGAGAGUAACCCUGCACUCUACAAGAAGUGUUCAGUCCUGUGGAUGGAAGGCUGGGCCAGGGACACUAUGAUUCAGAUACCCAACAUGCUCCUGACUGAGAAUGAGAAAGAUGCCAAGAAGGGCAAGGAGUUUUUGAGUUCCUUCCUGGCGGUGCAUGAGAGCCUCCCCUCCCACCUGUCCACGCCACGCCGCUACCUGGCCCUCCUGAACACCUACCGCACCAUCCACAACACCAAGAAGGAAGGCGUCACCCAGCGGCAGCGCCAUCUCAAGGCAGGUGUGGCCAAGAUGAAUGAGGCAAGAGAGGUGGUGAGCCGCCUGAAGGCUGAGGCCGCCAAAAAGGAGACCGUCCUAGCAGAGAAGCAGGAGGAGGCCAACCGUGCCCUCCAGCUCAUCACUGACACCAUGAAGAAUGCCAAUGACCAGAAGGUACAGAUGGAGGCCCUCAAGGAACAGACACUCAAUGAGAACAAGAAGAUUGCUGAGAGGAAGAAGGACAUAGAUGAGGAGUUGGCAGAAAUUGAGCCACUGGUGAGGGAGGCCAAGGAGGCUGUGAGCAACAUCAAGUCUGAGGCACUCACAGAGAUCAGAUCCCUGCGAGCUCCACCUGAGGUGAUUCGGGACAUCCUGGAGGGAGUCCUGCGUCUGAUGGGCGUCCAGGACACAUCCUGGAACUCCAUGAAGACCUUCCUGGCCAAGAGAGGCAUCAAGGAGGAAAUACGGAACUAUGACCCAAGAGAUGUAACGAGUGACAACCGACGCUCUGUUGAGAAGCUGCUGAAAGAGCGUGCAGACUCCUUCACCCCGGCCAUUGCCAAGCGCGCCUCAGCAGCCGCUGCGCCCCUUGCUGUUUGGGUCAAGGCCAACGUACGCUUUUCAUAUGUCCUGGAAAAGGUCAAGCCUCUAGAGCAGGAGCAGAACAAGCUACAAAGAAACCUGGAAAGAGCUGAGGCACAGAUAGGAGAGCUGUCAGCUGGCCUUGAGGACGUAGACAAGGAGGUGGCACAGCUGAGGCAGAAGCUGAACCGUUCCACCAAGGAGGCAGCCGAAGUGGAGUUCCACCUCAACAAGGCCCAGGAGACCAUCACUGCUGCUGAGAGUCUGGUGACUAAGUUGGAAGGAGAGUACAAACGAUGGAGUCGCCAGAUGUCAGAGCUAGAGGCAGGGUUGAAGGGUCUGCCCCAAGAGGCCCUCUUGGCAGCCUCCUUCAUCACCUACCUCAGCGAGGCGCCCGAGGACAUCCGCAAGGCCACGCUGGCACACUGGGGCCGUAUGCUUAAGGUCAACGACUUUGAUCUGAGAAGGUUCCUGAGCAGUGAGAGAGAGCAACUUCAAUGGAAGGCUGAGGGUCUCCCAUCAGACCAGCUCUCCAUUGAAAAUGCUUUAGUUAUCCUUCAGAGUGGAAUGUGUCCCUUCCUGAUUGACCCUUCAUCUCGAGCCACCACUUGGGUACGCGAUCACCUGAAGGACUCCACUGUUGAGGUCACCACGCAGCAGGACGCCAAGUUUGUCACCACCCUGGAGCUGGCCGUCAGGUUUGGCAAGACCCUCAUCAUUCAGGAUGUGGAUGAGGUGGAGCCCAUACUCUUCCCGCUGCUCCGGGGUGACCUUGUCAGCCAAGGUCCUCGGUAUGUGGUGGAACUUGGGGAGAAGGUCCUUGACUACAACGAAAAGUUCCGACUGUUCUUGGCCACCCGCAGCCCUGAGUCCCAGCUGCCCCCCAACGUGGCCUCCAUCCUGGCUAUCAUCAACUUCACCACCACCCGUGCUGGACUCACAGGACAGCUUCUGGCAGCCACACUUCAGGUGGAAAAGCCUGAACUUGAGGUGAGAAGGACAGAUUUGUUGAGGCAGGAGGAGGACCUCAAGAUUCAGCUGGUGACUCUGGAGGAUCAGCUGCUCACCUCCUUGGCUGAGUCUCAAGGCAACAUCCUGGAGAACAAGGAGCUGCUUGCUUCCCUGGAACAGGCAAAGUCCAGCGCUGCCACCAUCGAGUCCUCACUUAAGGAAUCAAGCUCACUGCAGAAGUCCCUGGAGAAUGAGCGCAAGGCUUACUUGCCCCUCUCUGAGGCUGCUGCUAACUUAUACUUUGUCAUCUCAGACCUUGCUAAGCUCAACAACAUGUAUCGUUUCAGCCUCAAUGCUUUCCAGAACCUCUUCCACAAGGCUCUGCAGAUUCCACAGGAUGGAAGCAGCACAGAGCAGCGCAUCAGCUCCCUGCAGCGUGCCUUGGUGGACCUGGUGUACAGCUACGUCAGCCGCUCACUCUUCAAGGCCGACCGACUCAUGUUCGCCCUCCACCUUGUCCACGGGAUGUACCCAGACCUCUUCCAAGAGAAUGAGUGGGAAGCCCUGACUGGUCAGCUGGUGACAGACGUUCGCACGGAAGCCACAGAGAUGAAGGACACACUGCCCAAAUGGAUUGAUGAGGAGCGGGCAACUUCUGUUCAGUUAUUGAAGCAAACCUUCCCAACCCUCUAUGAGACUCUUCAGCUGGAUGACCUCUCCCUCUGGUCUGGCUUUGCCCGCUCCAGCCACUGUGAGACAGAUGUCCCUGUGCAGAUGGGACAGAAGACUUCACCCUUCCAGCAGCUUCUCCUCAUCCAGGCCAUCAGACCCGACCGCCUUCAGUCUGCUAUGGUCAAUUUUGCAUCAAGGGCCCUUGGCAUGAAAGAGUUGUCACCACCAGCACUCAACCUGCGACGGCUGUUGCCUGAGAUGACAGCUAUUGAGCCAAUCCUGAUCAUCAUCUCUCCAGGAGCUGACCCCUCUCAAGAGCUGCUGGACUUGGUUCGCAGCACUGUGGGGCCCAACAAUUAUCAUGAGGUGGCCAUGGGCCAGGGACAGAGUGAGAGGGCAAUCAUGCUGCUGAAGGAGUGUGCUGCCUCAGGUCACUGGCUGUGUCUCAAGAACCUGCAUUUGGUGACUGCUUGGUUGCCAUCCCUUGAGAAAGAGCUUAAUGGUAUGGAACCCCACAAGGACUUCCGACUCUGGCUGACAGCUGAGCCACAUAUCAAGUUCACCCCAAUAAUCCUGCAGACUAGCUUGAAGGUCACAUAUGAGGCACCAGCUGGAGUCAAGAAGAAUCUGCAGCGGACAUAUGACUCCUGGUCUCCUGAGUUGGUGGCACGAGGGAACAACGUGGGCCGGGCACAGGCACUCUUCGUGCUGGCAUGGUUCCAUGCUGUGGUGCAAGAGCGCAGGACAUACAUCCCUCAGGGGUGGUCUAAGUUCUAUGAGUUCUCUUUGGCAGAUCUAAAAGCAGGAUGUGACAUCCUGGACAGGCUUUUCAAAGAUGAAGGCUCUAGUGAUGUGAAAUGGAAUUUUGUGCAUGGCCUGUUUGAGAAUGCCAUCUAUGGGGGUCGUGUGGACAAUAUUUGGGACGGCAAAGUUCUCUCGGCGUACCUGCAGAUUUUCUUUAAUAGUGAUGUGGUGGGCGGACGCAAGCCCACAGCAACCCAUCUGGUUAAGAAUCUCGCCCUGCCUACCACUGUCAACUAUCAGGACUACAUGGGCCUCAUUAAGGGUCUGCCGGAAGAGGAGAAUCCAUCUUACUUUGGCCUGCCAUCCAACAUUGAGAGGUCUUGGCAACGCAUUGUUAGCUCAGAAGUGAUUGGCCAGCUCAAAGUUCUCAUGAGAUCACCAGAACUUGCAAGUCGCUUUGACCGUGAGAAGUGGCACUCCCAGCUCUCUCCAGUCCUUAACUUAUGGAAGAAGCUAAACCAGGGUGCCAACUUGAUUCAGGCUAAGGUGGCAGUGCCUGGCCCUACAGUAGAGUGUCCUGUGAAGGCAUUUGUACAGCUGGAACAGUACACAGCAGUGCUGGCGGUGCAGUCAGUCCACCGCUCCUUAGCUGCACUCUCCAAAGUGAUCCGAGGCACACUGCUGCUCACCACUGAGGUGCAGAAGCUUGCAGAGAGCCUCCUCAGGCAAGAGACUCCAAGCAGCUGGUUGAAGCUGUGGGAUGGCCCUGAAGAUCCUCUGGAGUUCCUGCGCAGCUUGGUGCGGAGAGCCUUGGGGAUUGGUCGCUGGGUAGCUAAGAGCGACCAAGGCAGCCUUCUGCGGGAGGCCCUAGAUCUCUCAGAGCUCCUUCACCCAGCCACCUUCCUCAAUGCUCUUCGCCAGCAGACAGCCAGAGAGUACAAGACUUCCAUGGAUAACUUGGAGUUUGUGACGGCCUGGCUGCGCAGUGGCAUCCCCAAUGCAAAGGUGGCCAUGAAGUGGUCUGGCCUACAGAUAGAGGGUGCCGCCUUUGACGGCUCAAGACUCCUUCACAACUCUCACGAUUCCCCCAGCAUCACAGUAACCCCAGUGUGCACCAUUGCUUGGAUCCCCAAGGACCAGCCAAUACGAGUCUACCAUGAGGAGCUUCUGUCAGUGCCAGUGUAUUCCUCCAUCAAGAGGGAGCAGCUGGUGGGCAGUGUGGAUAUCCCUUGCCCUACUCCACACUAUGAGUGGCGACAAGCUGGCAUCGCACUUUUCCUCACCACAUAAGAGAACACCUACUUGCUUUUAAACUCUAAAUAUUAGGUUUUCCAGAGAUGAUGCAGAACAAUGAUAUCUAGGUGUAAAAUUUUACAUGAACAAUAAUUAGCAUGCACAUUGCUCAUCCUGGUAAUAUAUAACCAAUAUUGUGAUGUGGAAUAAAUCUUUGGUGGAUACAGCAAGGGGAUGAACUAAUCAUGUACAUUAAUUAGAAGCUUCUACAAUUUUCUGUAGCCACUGAAUGGUUAUUGUGCCAAUGGCUAACUAAAAUAUAUGCACUUUUCAAUUGCAUCUUCUACCAUGAAUGCAGAGAAAAUACAUAGGAAAAGAUAUAGAAAGAUAACAUUUAAUUUAAAACCUAAUUGUGAAAAUGGAUACCAGUGACGAGAGAAGUUCCCAAGUAGAAAAGAAUAGUGUGGAUAUUGUGUGGCAGUGCAUAUAUAUUAGUCAGUCACUGGCAAAAUAGCAUUCAGUAAUGACACGAAUUACAAAAGCUUACUCUAUGUCCCGUCACUGUGACAUAAUCAGUGUACAUGUUUAUUUCUGAUUCUUUCCUUUGCUGCACCUACCACAGAUUUUUUCUACAUACCAAUAUUAGUCUUGUCAGCAGGACAAGCAAUGUGCAUGCUACUCAUUCUUCAUAUCCUGUAAUAAUGAGCUUUUCCUUCACAACCACUCAUUCCAUCCCGCUCCCCUGCUAUAAAUGUGAAUUUGCCUUCACCACAUUAUUUCUGCAGUUCUUAGUUGGUAAAAGAAUGAUCAGAAUUUUUUUUAAAUCACAUGAGGAACAAAGAAUGAGAGGUGAGGAAGUCAAGCAUUUGUUAUGAGGAAGGUAUAGUGUAGUACUUUUGCCCAUAUCAGCAGGAGUGUGCAACAUUCAUAGAAAUUCAUCACUUAAAUUACAUACUUUUCAUUUUAUCUAUAAUCUGGUUUUACCAUCGUGUUCAGGACUUAUCUUUACGUGGUGAAACAGUAAUAGUCUAUCAACUCUAACUUGUAACUUGAGCCUUUAGGCACAGCUCCCUUGAGCCACGCUACUGCCACAUUACCCCAUGACUCUCCUCAGAGGAGCUUGCUAACCCCCCACCCCUCUCUCUCUCUCUCUCUCUUUCUCUCUUAUUUAUGUUAUAUAUAAUAUCUUUUGCUUGGCUGUGCAGGAUGCGAGAGUGAGACUUACGUGAGACUUCCAAGGUGGCGAAAGGGUGAAUGGUGCGGCCUGGCGCCUGUUGCCAAGGUCCUUCAGGCGGCAACGUCGCAUGAGCCACAUUGCCAAGUGAAAUGGAAGGUUUACAGAGUCGUUGUCAUUCCCUCAAAUCCCAAGCCAUUUAUAACACC